AUGUCAGCCGAAUCAGCCUCUGCCAUUCAAAGAAGUCAGGUUGAUCUACUGGACUUUGUGAACUGGUCGGGUGUGGAAUGUUUAAAUCAAAGUAGCAGUAAUUCUCUUUCGAAUGCUCUCAAACAGGGUUACAGAGAAGAUGAGAGUUUGAAUUUGGAAAGCGAUGCGGAUGAGCAGCUAUUGAUUUAUAUUCCAUUUAUUCAAGUUAUUAAACUGCACUCUAUUAUCAUUAAAGGGCCUGAGGAGGAAGGUCCUAAAACUGUGAAACUUUUUGCUAACAAGGAGCAUAUGGGAUUCAGUAAUGUCAAUGACUACCCUCCAAGUGACACUGCUGUUUUGUCAGAGGAUAAUCUCAAGGGAAAACCAGUUAUCUUGAAGUAUGUUAAGUUUCAAAAUGUUCGCAGUUUAACAAUUUUCAUUGAGGAUAAUCAAUCUGGUUCAGACAUUACAAAAGUUCAGAAGAUUGUUCUCUGUGGAACAACGGUGGACACUACAGACAUGAAAGCAUCAUUAGCAUCUCUGUCUCUCAUUAAAACAAGUGCAAUGAGAUCUUUUCUUGUUAAAGAAAAAUCUAGUGACAUACUUAAUUCUUGCUUAACACAUGUCCUGACUGUGCUGUGUACAAAAUGCCCAGUGCUUCGAGCCAUUCUGCUAUACCUUUAA